UUCACUGACACCCUUGUGGCUCUUCUACCACCGGACCUUGGCAUUGUGGAUCGAUUCCUCGCUUCAAAGUUGCAGCAACAAGCACAGCAACAGCAACAGCAGUCGGAUUCGCGAUCACCGGCUUUUCUCACCACUUGGCUACUGUGCACACAGCCGUUAGGUCCAUCCUCCAGUCACUCUCGUGAGGGCGCCGUGGAGGCCAACUUGAAUGCGAAGAACGAGGCACUGACUGCCGCUCUACGCGAAUCAGAUCAGAUCCUCGAACAGUUUCGCACGCGAGCCCUUCUCGCGGAGGCGGAGGCUCUUCGCUUGGGAAAUCUGCAGCUCACAGCCCUGACAGAAAGAGAACAUCUUCUCGCGACCAAACAAAGCCUGCAAAGCAAACUGGCUAACAGCAGGGAACAGAUUCGAGCACUGGAUGCCACAAAUGACAACUACCGCAAGCAACUUGAUGAGGCAAAACAGCUCCUGCAACAGAAGGAUGUUCAGGUAAUGUGGAUUACCCUCAGGCUUUGCUAUUCCUACUCCUUCUUAGACAACAGUACUAACAACGUCUACUAA